GGCAACCCGUUCCGAGUGGCCCGCGUGGUGCGAGGCAAAGUCUGCCGAGCAGGGUGGGCAGCUGCCCAGGGCGCAGGGGGUCUUCAAGCUAGGAACCCGCGGCGCGCACGCCUGCACAAAAGUCGCGCAGAGCCCCGAGGCUCGCUGCCAGGUCGGCGCCGCGAGGGCGCAGAACGACGGACAGCCGGCGCAGGGAGCACCCAGCGACGACGACGACGACGACGACGACGACGACGACGACGACGACGACGGUAAUGGCUAUAGGUUUUCUCGCCACGCGCUGCGCCGGGAUGACCUGUAAGCAGGAAGAUGAGGACGAAGACUGUACUGCACCGUCGCUCCCAGGAGCGGUGUCCGAUUCGUCACUCUCUCGACGGCGAGCUACAGCAGCUGGAACCCGCCUGCGGCCUCCAGGGCGCCCCUGUCGGCAAGCAGCGCGGCGCGCUCCGCAAAGGUGAGCGCCUUCAGCGGAUGCUGCGGGCUCAGGGCGCCGGGGAAGGCCCCCCUCCCGCCUCGCGUGCGCGUGCUCGCGCUCCCGCAGCAGCACCACGGGCGCGGCGCAGGCGGCGAGCCACAGCCACGGCGCGGCCGGGCAGCACCGCGGCCCCGGCGGCCCCGGGCGCGCGCCGGGCUCCCAGGGCCCGGCGAGCCGCAGGC